AUGCAUGGAGAGGCUGCAAGUUCCGACAUUGCUGCAGCUGAGGAAUUUGCUACGGAGUUCCUGGAGGUCAUAGUUUCAGGAGGCUACCUUCCUCAGCAGGUCUUCAACUGCGACGACACUGGACUCUUCUGGAAGAGGAUGACAAAGCGUACCUUCAUCACAGAACAGGAGAUCUCAUUGCCUGGCCACAAGCCGAUGAAGGACCGUCUCACCCUCACCCUCCAUGAAUUUUGGAGAGAGCAUUUUGACAUUGUGAGCUUUCUGCAGAUUAUCACCAUUGCCCGGGCUGGGGUCAGCCAGACAAACCUAAAUUCUGCUUGGCGCAACAUGUGGCCAGACUGUGUUGUGAAACCUGCCUCCAGUGCUUUUGCACCUGCACCAGAGUCAACAGUGUUGGAGGAAAUUGUUUCCUUGGGGUGGGCCAUGGGCCUGGAGGAAACUGAGGAGGAUGUCUACGAGCUGGUGGAGGAUGUUAUUGCUGAUUAA